GUCGCGUCACAUGGUCGCUCACCUACUACUAGCGUAGACACAUUUCCGCGCAGUGCGCGUUUGUCGAACUUCCAUCUCUCUCUGUCCAAACUGUACUUUACGUCGUCUCUGUCACUCGAUAGUUUGACAUUUCCGCAAUUCUCAUUCUGAGGCCGCGAUGAGUACAAUGGCCGUGGACCAUCCAUACGUCGUCAAGGCUCUGCUUGCUCUCGGAGCUAUCUCAUUCGCUAAGUUUGCUAUAAAAUCUCUCGGUGUGCUGCUUCAGACCUUUGUGCUAUCCGGCAAUGAUCUGAGGAAGUAUGGAGCUGGCAAGGGCGCUUGGGCAGUGGUGACCGGCGCGUCAGAAGGCAUAGGGAGGGAGUUUGCGUUGCAAUUGGCUAAGAAGGGUUUCAAUGUCUUUGUUUCCGCGCGAAAUGCAGGUGCCCUAGCUGCGCUGGUUGCUGAGAUAGAGCAGGCCGGUUCGGGAGACAGGAAAGUGAAGGCAAAGUCGGUCAUCAUGGACUUCUCGCAGCUCUCUGACCAGGCACAAUGGACACGCUUCGAAAAUGAAGUGAAGGGUUUGGAUGUUGGUGUUCUCGUAAACAAUGUUGGCAGAUCGCACAAGGCACCUAUCUACUUCGCUGAAGCAGACACGGAGGAAAUUGAGGGAAUACUAAACAUCAACAUCAAUGCGACAAUGCGUGUAACGAGGAUGGUGCUCCCUGGUAUGGUGGAAAGGAAACGCGGCCUUAUCCUCAACAUGGGUUCGUUCUCGGGCACUGGCAUCCCCUCGCCGAUGCUCGCUACCUAUGCUGCUAGCAAGGCCUUCUUAUCCACAUUCACCGCAUCCCUUGCUGCUGAAGUCAAGAACCAGGGCAUUGACGUACAAUGCCUAAACACCUACUUUGUGGUGUCGAACAUGUCAAAGAUACGAAAGCCCAAUAUGACUACACCCCUUCCGAAGGACUAUGUUCGGUCUGCUUUGCAGAAGAUUGGUCUCGCAUGUGGUGCACUCUGGACUGGGCGUCCGAACGUCAGCACGCCUUACUGGAGUCAUGCGUUGUUGGACUACUUGAUGAACUUGAUUGGCUGGAAACAGCUCUUCAUCGGGUAUACACAUAAUCUCCACCGCGAUAUCCGAAAGCGAUAUCUACGCAAAGUGGCCCGAGCGGCGAAAAGCAUGUAAAAUUGGGACGUGCGAUGCGAAAGGGAAUCAUGCAUCUUUGGGUGUCAUUCUAUUACAACAAUCUUGUUGCCUCCAUGCCAUCAAUCUACAUUGACUGGAUUCCAGCUAAUCGCGCCAGCCUUGCC